AUGGAGUGUCACGGCACAGGGAUACCUGUUGGUUAUCCCAUCGAAGCUGCAGCAGUUGCCCGCGUGUUUGGAGAUUCGGGAGUGUUCAUCACCUCGGCCAAACCUAAUGUGGGCCACGGCGGAGGUGCUUCGGGUAUCACAUCCGUAACCAAGGAACGCAAAUUGAUGGUGCCUGUUGAGCCAACGUCAUGGUCACAAUCAAAGCAUGAGCGUAUCUGCAUCAACUCUUUCGGUAUGGGAGGAAGCAACGUGCAUUAUGAGGAGACGCCAGAACUGUUGCUGCUGUCUGCCAACUCUGCGCUGCAAAGAACAACGGAGCGCUUACAGGAAUGGUAUGCCAAAGCACGCUCCAACCCAAGGGAUCUCUCGUAUGCUCUGGCGCUGCGACGAGAGCAUCUCCCCCACCACGGCCUUAUAAUUGCUCAUGGGGAUCAUCUUGGCCCUGCGUCACAAGCCCGCAAGACCCCAAGUUCACCUCCAAAUUUAGUAAUGCUAUUCACAGGUCAAGGUGCACAAUGGACGCGCAUGGGCCAGGAGCAAUUGCUCCGAAGUGAUCUCCCGUUUCGAAGCACCAUCCGAGCGCUGGAUAAGCAUCCGAUGGAGCAGCCUUCUUCCCCCGAAUGGAUCAUAGAAAAGGAACUUCUGAAACUGGCCAAAAUCUCUCCUAUACAGAUUGAUUUGGUCGAUCUGCUCUUUUCGGUCGGUGUUACACCUGCCGCAGUGGUUGGUCACAGCAGUGGUGAAAUUGCAGCCGCAUACGCGACUGGCGCACUCUCAGCCCAGGAGGCCAUCGUCACAUCUUGGAAGCGAGGAUUGGCGGCACAGAAGCAGAAAAAGGCGGGAAACAUGGCCUGUUCAAGGUCAAUAAGGCUUAUCACUCACGCUAAAUGCCAGCAAUCGGUUUCUCAAGCCCUUCUUUCCAGCGUAACUGGGGAUAGGACGAAACAACACCUAGAUGCCUCGUACUGGCAAAAGAACCUCGAGUCCCCUGUGCUCUUCAAGUCAGCCGUUGCCCGCAUCGUUGAGCACUUUGAUAACGUUGCGUUUCUCGAGGUCGGUCCACCUGGAGCAUUGACAGGUCCUAUUAAGCAACUUCUAGCGGGGAGCUCGACCUCUGCCCCCUAUGUUGACUCGGCCAAGUUGGUGGCCAAUGGCGCCUGUCUUUCCGACCUCCCGAGAUGUCCCUGGGACCACGAGGGUGAGUACUGGCGAGAAUCCAGAGUCUCGCACGAAUGGAGACAGAGCGAGUACCCCGAGCACCCGCUGCUGGGAUGCGGCCAUCUUGAAAGCUCUGGUCUGGAGCCCAGCUGGCGCAAAAUGAUCCGCGUUGACAGCAUUCCCCGGGUUCGUGACCAAAAGAUUGAGGAGAACGUCAUCUUUCCUGCUGCCGGCUACAUCUCCAUGGUGGGUAAAGCAGCCGCACAACUUGGCGGUCAUCGAAACGGUUAUGCCCUGCCACAAGUGGUGAUUAACGCGGCCAUUGUCCUAAAUGAUGGGAGUGAUGCUACGGAAGUCGUGACGAACCUUUGUCCUCACCGCUUAACAGACUCUCUGGACUCCAUGUGGUGGGAGUUUACCAUUUCAUCGUACAAUAGCAAUGUGUGGAUGAAGCACUGCAGUGGUCAAGUGACGUUCGAAGUUGACGAGCCAGAGCCAGUUGAAAAUCUGCAGCUGCUGCCACGACGAGUGCCCAAGCGGAUCCUAUACAAUUGUAUGGACAUGGCGGGUCUGCGUUUCAGUCCGCUGUUCCAGCGUCUGAGCGACGUCCGGACUGGCACUGUCCAAGGGCAGGCAACGGCAAAUCUGAUAGAUCUCAAGAUAGUGGACAACGAGCACUAUCUCCUACACCCAGCCGUGAUUGACGUAGCUCUCCAGCUAGCCCCAAUAGCACCGUUCAGAGGCCGUAUCAAAUCCAAUCUCUACAGAAGAGUACCGACACAUAUUAACAGCCUAAUUGUGCACCGACCAGUCACAAAAGGAGACAUUGCACUUUCGACCUCGGCCGAGAGCUCUGGUGGCACUGGUGAGGUUGUCAGCCAGAAGCAACAGAUUGUUGUCGGUGGCAGAGUGACUUUGCAUAUCGAUGGCUUGAAGAUCUCCCAACUUGAAGAUGUCGAGACAGUUUCCAAUGAGAGCCUUCAGAACACAGCACGCUUCGUCUGGAGACCCCAUCUUGACUUUUUUGAUACAGCCAACCUCGUCGGGCCAGCGAUCGACUGGAAGCUAUAUAACCCUACCUUGAACGAGAUCACAGCUCUGUGCAAGGUCCACAGCUUGCGACAUCUGUCGGAUAUCCAGCCGGCGCUGAAUCAUCUGAUCAAGUAUCGCGCUUGGAUUGGCAAUCGAAAGAAUCGUGGCUCUCAGGUCGAGGUGAUUGGCCAAGACAUGCGACAGAUUGCAGUCAAUAUUGCGGACGUCUUCUCGGGCAAGAUAGAUGCUCUCGAAGUUCUCAGGACAGACGAUAUCCUCAACAAGAUUAAGCUGGAGAUGGACGCAUUCCUUGCCCAACGAACUUGUGCAGGUGUCUACCUUGACCUGAUGACAGAAAAGAGGUCAGCUAAUGCAAAAAGUAAGCAAUUCCAUUUCGAAACUCUACACAUUGGUAACUGGCACGCUGACGAGAGACAAAACAGGGUUAUGGAGUCGAUUGUGGAAUACUAUAACCAGGGCCACUUCACGCCCAUCCGACCUAUUCAGAUACUCGACGCGGAUUCAGCCCGGGAGUCGUUCCGAAUCAUGCAGCAAGGUGCUCACCUGGGCAAGCUCGUGAUUUCUUUAUGCCACGCGGUCGGCCGCCUCAAGAUGGAUACCAAGGCUGUUGUUGCGAUCAAGGAACCGAAGCUGGAGCAGUCGGUUUCGCAUCUUUGGUUGGCGGUCUCGGCGGUCUUGGACGUUCCAUUGCUCGAUGCUUGGUUGAGCGUAAUGCGCGACGACUCGUCUUCCUCUCUUGCAGUGCUGGUGAUAGCCCUGAGGAUUGUAGAUUUCGUGCCGGAACUUGAGAGUCUAGGCUGUGCUGUUGAACUUGUCAAGGCCUUUGCACUUGCACCGAACAUGAAGGGCAUUCCCCAAGCCUCCAUGGUUCUUCGCGAUGAAGCAUUCUCUCGCAUGGCCUAUGAAGACUGGAACACGGCAACGCUGCCCAAGGUCAGGGGCACUUGGAACCUCCAUGAGGUCACGAGUCAGGCUGGCAUCAACCCCGACUUCCCUAUUCUCCUCUCUUCCAUGUCUGGUACUACGGGUAUGGCGGGCCAAGCCAACUAUGCAAUCGCAAAUACUUUCCUCGACUCCUUUGUGCAGUACCGGACUGCUCUUGGGCUGCGUGCCUCGUGUAUCGACCUGGGAGCUGUUCAAGACGCGGGUUAUGUCGCCAACGAUAAGGCACUUCUGGAGAGGAUGAAUCUGGCAAAUACCAACGGUGUCUCUGAGUGUGAACUCCUCGAGGCUAUCAGAAGAGCCAUCCCAUCGCCCCCGGUAAAGUCAGAAUCAGGAGGCUUUGUUGACAACAACACCUUUGUGCUUGGCAUAUUCACUACCGUGCCCCUGGGUAGCCAGGAAAGUCGUGCAUUCUGGAAAAGGACAGACAUUCGCAAGAAGCUGUUCAUGUCCUGCUCAAGUCGGAAGAUGAUCUCGACGUCUCGACCUGUUUUGCUAACUCUCAGCCUUGACUCGCUGGUGGGAGUUGAGACGCGAAGCUGGUGGCGACAGACCAUUGGGUUUGACUUUACCGUUCUCGAGAUGCUGGGUAUGGGAACUCUUGGGAGUUUGGGAUGGCAAGCGGCGCAAGGGCUGUUGAAGCUGUAUGGUGAAGAAGCCUCUUGA